AUGAACCAGAUGAAUGCCGGGAUGAACCCGGGGGUUGGGGGCCCUGUCGGUGGAGUUCCAAUGAUGAACAAUGGAUCUACGGCUUCUCGUAACGACAGUGCUAUGACCAACCCUGAACUCAUGAUCAACAAUCUCAACACGUAUAUCUAUGAUUACUUUUUGAAGCGUGGCUACCACGACUGCGCUCGCGCACUCGUGCAGGAUGAAUCCGUCAAACUCAACACGGAUCCCAGCCCUAAGACAAGUCCCGGAAGUCGACGUGAUGAUGUCAAUGGCAUGGAUACCGACGGCAUGAUGACUGAUGGAAAGGAUGAGAAGAUGAAGAUCCCCCAUGAUCUCCCUCGCCCAAAUCUUCCUAAUGAAAUUCCAUCUUCAUUUCUGCUUGAUUGGUUCAGCCUCUUUUGGGAUUUCUUUUGGGCCCAACGCAAGAAGACAAAUGGCGGUGAUAUCAGGCAAUACCUCCAGCACAACCAGCAAUUCAUGCGUAUGCGAGAACAGCAGCAUAACCAGUUCAUGCGCCAGCAACCCAUGAUGCCGGCCGCCCAAAUGAACCAGUUGCGGAGGCAGAAUGGCAUGGUGCCUCCUAACCUGCAGAAAACAGUGCUGCAGAAUAACACCCCUGGGCUUACGCCACAACAACAACAGAUGGCACAGUUCCAAAAGACCCAGCAGAUGCAAAUGAUGCAACAGUUGCAACGCGAGCAAUCUGAAAUGGACAUGGGCGGACAUCGCCCACAGUCACCAGCAUCUGCAGACAAUGCCCCUUCGCCGUCGAAACGCCCUCGCCUUGAAGGCGCUGCCAACGGGCAGCAGCUGGCACCGAACGGACGCGGACAAGGACAAGGAAUGCCCGGACAACCCCAUCAGGCGAUGAUGAUGCAGAAUGGCAUGCAGGGACGGAUGAGCCAGGCGCAGCAGUUCCAGCAGCUCCAGCAGUCGGGACAAGCGCAACAGAAAUCUAUGCAGGUAUAUGCUCAAAACUUGGCCCUUCAUCACUCUCGCUCAGCAUCGAAUUCCCAGGGUAUCCCGAAUGGUGGUAUGAUGAAUCCCGGUGUUAUGGCCAACCAGGCAGAUCUGGUGCCGAUGCCCGAUGGCCAAGGAAUGUACCCCCUACCUGGCGGUCCUGAGUACUACAAUGCUGCCAACGGUCAGAUGAACCAGGUCCGACCCGGUGGUAUGCAGACUCCUGGACCUCAGCAAGGUAAUCAUGCUCUUCAAGAUUAUCAAAUGCAGCUUAUGCUGCUUGAACAGCAGAAUAAGCGGCGUUUGAUGAUGGCCCGUCAAGAGCAGGACACCAUGUCCCGCGGUGAGGGCCAGAUGCCUGGACCAGGUAUGCCUGGCGCUUCCCCAGGCAGCAGAACGGGUACAUCUCCCAUCCCCGACCAAAUGAAACGUGGUACGCCCAAGAUGAACCAAACUGGACUUCCCGGAUCGCCUAGUGCCGGCGACAUGUCCCAGCGCGGAUCACCUGGAUCCAUGAACCUUAACGGUGGGCCAAUGCCUCCGGAGAUGGCUGCUCAAUUCUUCUCUGGCCCCCCCAACAUGCGACCCCCCAGUUCUAACCCUGCCUUCACUGGACCUCAAAUGGGCCAACCGAUUCCGGCCAACGCCGGCCAGCCAUUCGCCUGCGAACCAGACACAAGCUGGAACUCCGCAAGAACGAAGCGCGAUGCCUCCGCCCUCGGCGCCAACUGCAGGCCCCAACGCUGGCCGCGGCCAGCCAGCAUCCCCCAGACGGCUGGCAACGCGCCACCAACGCCCAACCAGACUAACAAGCCUGCUCCAAAGGGCAAAAAGGACGCCAAGGAUACUCGCAAGCGACCUACCAAGAAGGCCGCCGCCGCAGCUGCCGCAGCAGGCGCCACUCCAUCCACCGAGGCCGCAGAUAUGGCGACUCCAUCGACUCCCGUCACACCCCACGCUCCCGCCAACGCCUUCAAGAAUGGAGCCAAUGGAGCGAACGGGCCUGUACAAGCUCAGUCCCAGGCACCAGGUCCUCAGACUAUGGUCCCGCCCUCUGACCCGAGCCAGCAACCCUUUACCGACCUCAGCAUCCCCGAUGCUUCCGCUUUCAACCUUGACUUCAGCGCACUGGAAAACCCAGACAUUCUGGAGAACUUCGACUUUGACACGUUCCUCAACACGGACGCCGAUGCCACGGGCUUCGGAUUCGACCCUAGUAUAUCUUACUCGGCCGACGGUGUUGAGACAGGAGCCGGCGACGGCCUGUGA